CGCGUACGGAGGUAGUUUAUUCACAGCCCGCUACAUUUCAACAUGACAGUGGAGAUGGGUCUUGAACUUCAUUACACUUUGUAGAACUGGGUCCAGAUAAUUCUGUCAUUAGAAGAGACAUGAUCAGCUGCUAUCAACUUCUAUUAUGAGUAUGUCAUGGAAAAGAAAACACCCCGAACCAGUGUGCAUGGAGGCUGAAGAAGAGAGGUAUUUCCUGAAUCCAGAUUCAGUUAGUACUCAUCUGUACUGCUCCAUCUGCCAGGAUGUUUUUUCCGACCCUCAGAGGGCACCUUGUGGUCACAGCUUCUGUAAAAAGUGUAUCCUACCUUGGCUAAAAAACAGCAAAACAUGCCCAGAGGACAGAAAAACUCUACAUAUUGGACAUCUUCAUCAUGACUUCAUUUUAGAGAACAUCAUAGGUGAUCAAAUGGUAGCUUGUCCUUUUCGUAGGUUGGGAUGUGAGUUCGUUGGACAGCUUCAGAGUUUAAAUUCUCACAAGAAAAGAUGUGAUUUCAACCCAGAAAAUCUGCCUGAAUUUAUCAAAAAGAGCACACCAGUUGAAAAUACACGUGGGCAACAUAGUGGCAUUACAACAGACUUAGAAGUGGUUCCCUCCCCUGGCAAGCCCUCUCUAAUGAUGAGACUUUUUCGUGCUGGAGAUGACCAGAAAAAACUUUUAGGGACUAUGUUUGAUGACAAAGAAAACAAAACGUGACUUGCAUGUCUACUUUUAUUUUUGCUAGAAUCUACAUUUUUGUACCAUAUUAUGUUAAAAUGAAACUGCUUUCUUCAUCAAUUUUUACAAAAUUAGAAAGAAAUACUUAUAUUACAUCCAAAUUAUUAUAUGUGCAUGUAUAUAUACAAUUCAUCAUUUAGAAUAAUAUUUUUUGAGGAAAGUAUACAAAUGUUGGGUGAUCAUCUUUAUCUUUACAUUUAUUAAACACAUACAAUAACCUAUCAAU